AUGUUCUCAGAAUAUGCUUCGCGGUUCCUAGCCCAGUCCCAGUCCCGCAUCUCGAACUUCGUCCAACCCGACAACACCGAGACGCCCCCUCGAAACCCGAACGACCGCUAUCGACGCUCAAAUAAUCCGUUAUUACAAAGCACUGCACGAGGGUAUCCUCAACGGCUGGGAAACCCAUACCAAUCCGCGGCGAACUUCAACUUCGCAUCACGGUACAGCACUGCUCCAGCAGACGCGCCGCUAUUUCACAGUGCCCGAGAUGAUUUCCGAGAAGAGGAUGAUGAGGAGGAAAGGGAGAGGGAGACAUCAGACUUCUUUGCGCUGCAGCGGUCGAGGAGGGUAUUUGCCCCUACAAGAUUAGAGGAAAGCGAGGAAACAGAGCACGCAGGGAGCCAAGCUUCCCUGGAUACAAGUAGAGAGGACGAUGGAAGAUUGGCAGAUGACCGGGGCCGUGGACGAGGGAUUAGGUCAAGUUGGAACGGCGGUGGUCAAAGCACGAGAGGGCGCGGUAAAGCUCCAGAAACCGUCAGCGAGGAAGCGGAGGACUUGGGAAGAGGUCGAAGUGAAGCGAGCAGUAAAGGCAAAGAUAGAAUGGAGGAUAUUGGACUGGAGUCAACCAUCGAGGACAGCGAACCACCAGAUGACUUGAUGAACGAAGCUUUACUCGACGAGAGCCCUCCGCCAUUCCAGAAAUUUAGGUCAACACCCAAGACAGGACCGAUCAGAUUACCGUCAGAGUCCCGAGAUAGAGAUUUAGAAGCAAAUACAGGCAGGCAUUUCCCUCGACCGCCUAGCUCCGUGGAAACGGUACCGGCAACGAUAGUGGCUACACUGGGAGAAUCACCGACGCAUGAUAUGUUCUGGGGCUCCUUGUUCCUUAUCUGUCUAGGAUCGCUCUUCGCUACCUUCUUCCUAGUGUUUCUACACACAUCGCCUGGCAAAAAUCUAGGCGACACUAUAUACACCACCUUGCACUCCUCCUUUCACUUAUUUGCCGUAGAUACGGUCGUAUCAGUUAUCGUCUCCUUGGUCUGGCUCGCCUUGUUGAGGUCCUUCGUGAGGCCGCUGGUACACCUAAUAGUACUCGCAGUACCUGUGAUUUUGAUAUCAUUUUCACUGUAUCCUAUGGUAUCAAGUUAUAAGGGUGCAGCAGGGGGAGCCAGUCUACAGGAUAAAGCCAUGCGAUGGCUAUCUUUUAUACCUGCCAUUUUCGCUGUGAUAUGGCUGUUCACCAUAUACAAGGGAAGGCAUGCUUUGACCAAGGCUAUUGGUAUAUUGGAAUUUGCCUCACGAAUUUUGGCGGCGCAACCAGCCCUUCUUGGUUUGGGAUUUGUCACUCUAGCUGCGAUCGUUGCAUGGACUUGGAUGUGGUUGGGCAUGUUUACCAGAGUCUUCCUUGGUGGCCACCAAAACAAAUCGUUGACGGGCUUUGUUAUCGAUGCUACGACUUGGUGGUUAGGAGUAUACUUUGUUUUGAUGUACAUUUGGACAUUGUCCGUUAUCAAUGGCAUACAGCGAGCAACCACAGCAGCAACAGUUUCUCAGUGGUAUUUCCAUCGAAAUGCUACACCGACAAUAGCUUCAAGGGACGUAGUCACGUCUGCUCUUCAACAUUCAGCAACAACACUGUUCGGCACAAUCUGUCUCUCAACCUUCGUCGCUCUCAUAAUCCGACUUCCUCUCCUCAUCCUACCCACCAGACUAGUCGGUCUCGCCUCAAUCUUCGCCUACAACCUCUUCCCAACCCCAAUGGUAGCACUCACCAAUCCUCUCACCCUAACCUACGCAGCAAUCCACUCACAACCCCUCUCAACCUCCGCCAGAGGUCUAAGCCAAAUGACCUUCCUAACUCCCCAAACACCCACCACAACACUCACACCCCGCUCCUUCAACUCCCGCAACCAGAACACCCCACUCAUCCCCUACAGACUCGCCAAGCUCCUCCUCCAUGCCACCCGCUUCAUCAUGGCUAUGGCCCUCGGUUUCGGGGGGUGGGUUGCGACAGCACGUCAACUCGCGAUUUCCGUCCCGGGCGGCGCUGGCAUCCGAGGAAGCGCGUAUGCUUAUGUUGUAGGUUUGGUGGCUAGUUUUAUUGGUUGGGGAGUAUUAGGUGCCAUGGAAGGCGUGUUAAGCGGAAUCGUGGAUGCGAGCGUGGUUUGCUGGGGCAGUGAGAAGGGGAUGGUCGGAGGCGGUGCUUAUUGUCUCGAGGCUGGCUAUCUCUUUGGGGACGAGAGCAGGGAUAGGUUUUGA